AUGUCAGCCCCCACUGGGCUGCUGCUGAGGCCAAGCACCUACCUAACCAUUGCCCCACCAGGGCUCCUGCUAGAGAGGGAGAUUAGUAUUUCAGAGGGCGGCCACAGGCAGCAGCUAAGGCCGGGUGGGCCAGAGGAGCACCGACCGCCAGCGCGCGAUCCCGCGAGCGCUCCCCGACGUCACGUGCGCCCUGACGGACUCCCCCGCGUCACGUGCGCCCUGACGUCAGGGACUCCCUGCGUCACGUGCGCCCUGACGUCACCCAGCGCGCGGAGUGGCUUCCGGUGUCUGCUCGCCAUGGCGACGGCGCUGUGUCGCGGCCAGGAGCUCCCGGAGGAGCCCUCCAACCCACGGACGCGGAGCGCCGGGCCGCACUGGGCCGGGCCGGCGGUGGGCAGAGGGGCAGCCGACGGCUUCGAGGGCGUGAGCACCGACCGCCUCAAACUGGAGCUGCUGCAGGAGAUGCACAUGAAGGAUGUAGUGCAGCUCUCUAUGCUUGAUAUAAAACACAAGAUAAUGGAAUUGGAAGCCAAAGUCGGCGGGGACAGUGCAAGUGGUGAAUGGAAAACCCGUUAUGAAACCCAACUUGAACUGAACAGUCAGCUGGAAAAGCAAAUUGCUUCUCUCAAAGAGAAAAUGGAAAAAUUCCGUGGAAAUCCAUCAGAUAGACUGUCUUCCAUCCGCAUCUAUGAACGGAUGCCAUUGGAGUCCUUAAAUACAUUACUCAAACAGCUCGAAAAGGAGAAACGAAGCCUUGAAAAUCAAGUGAAAGACUGCACCCUCCGAUUGGAGCAGGAAUCCAAGGCUUACCUCAAGACCAACAGUGAGCGACGCACGUGUCUGGCCCAGAUGUCCCAGGUCACCAGCUCCCAGCACAUUUCUAAGUGGCAGCAUGUGGACCACCUGCCCAGAAUGAAAGAGAAUCUCAUGAAAACGUAA